UUCACUUCACAUUCGUUAUCAUGAGAGAAGCGCCCUCUUAGAGUUACAUCGUGCCAAAAGUAAUUCUUCCCAAUUUUUGUAAAAUAGCUUCAACAAUUUAAAACGGGUGCCAGGCCAAGGAAUACAGAGAUUGAUCCAAAUGGCGGAAAGAAGGCCAAGCCUGUGAUACAUUUUGAUUACAAAACAGGAACACGUAUUUCAAUCACUGAGAGAGAAAAUCGCACAACCAAACCAAGAUGAAACACUUGGAAUUGGUGGCAGUGGCAUUACUUAAUCUCAUUCUUCCUUCAUUUCCUGAAACAGCAGAAUUCAGACGUGUCUGUUACUACGCAAACUGGAGCGUGUACAGGACUGGUGAUUCAAAGUUUUUGAUAGAGUUGUUGGACCUUAGUGCUUGCACCCACGCCAUCUAUGCUUUUGCAACUCUUGUGAAUGGCCAGCUGGCACCAUCCGAAUGGAACGACGACAUUACCUACCCUCAGAGGCAUUUCUUUGGAGGUAACUACAGGCGGUUUAAUAACCAGAAAGUCGGAACUAACUUAAAGACGCUCCUUGGGGUUGGGGGGCGCAAUUUGGGCAACACGCCCUUCGCGCAGAUUGUUUCCACGGCGGAGAGUCGCAGGCGAUUCAUAACCCAUGCCGUGGAGUUCCUCACUUCUCGAGGUUUCGAUGGUCUCAGUUUGGAGUGGAAUUACCCAGGCUCCGUGGCAGCAGACGACAAAGAAAAAUUCGCCACUUGGGUAAAGGAAAUUAAAUCUGAAUUUGAGAGACAUGCUUUACUGCUCUCAAUAGCCAUCCUAGGCGACCAACAGAUCAUUAGCAAGGCGUAUAACCUACCAGAGCUUAGCAAGUAUAUCGACUUUGCCACUGUUAUGGCCUUUGACUUCGCCAGUGGCAGCGAGAAGACGAUCAGGCACCACAGUCCGCUGUAUGGGCUGAAGGGGCCGGCAGACACCACAGACACUGCCUCUCAGCAUUGGCUUGUACAACACCUCAUCAAGGAUGGCCUGGACCGAUCACGUAUAGUCCCUGUGCUGCCAGCUUUUGGGGUAGGGUAUACUCUUGCGUCCCCGGACAACAUUGCGUUCGGGUCAGCUGCGUACAAACCUGGGACAGCCGGGGCGUCUGGAGCGGGGGAUCAAGUACUAUUGUACCACGAGAUAUGCAACAAAGUUACAAGUCCAGGCACUAGCUGGAAGAGGGCAUGGAGUGACCUAUCUAAAGCUCCAGUGGUUUACAACAACGAAAGCUGGCAAUGGUACAGCUAUGAUGACGAGUACAGUGUGGCUUAUAAGACGAAGUACGCCAAAGACCAGCGUCUCGGCGGCAUAGGUGUAUGGUCAAUUGACGAAGACGAUUUCCAGUCCUCUUGCGGGCCCAGGUCCUUCCCCCUCAUCAGGCAUAUUCAAGACGUCGUCUCAGGCACAGCGCGUGCCACCACUCCUUCUUACCCACGGUUGCCGGCCCCACAGACGGCCACGCCAGCACCAACUCCCCCUGAUGGCGGGGGACAGCGACCAUCACCAACACCGCCACAAACCCCGCCUGCUCCGGUUUCCACUGAAGUGCCUGUCCCUAGCAGUGCACCAUGUGAUGAUAAACCAGCAGUUCGGCGAAAUCCUUCUCAAUACCGUCGUGUGUGUUACUAUACCAACUGGAGUCAGUACAGGAGUGGAGUAGGAAAGUUUUUACCCUCGCAUAUAGACCCUUCCCUCUGCAGUCAUGUUAUCUUUGCGUUUGCCAGACUGGAGAGGGGACUACUUGUGCCCGCGGAGUGGAAUGAUUUAGGCACUGCAUGGAACAGAGGAUUAUAUGACCAGAUGAGGGACAUUAAAUCGAAAAACAAAAAACUCAAAAUCCUGCUGGCUGUGGGAGGUUGGGUUCUGGGAGUAGAGCCUUUUACAGAGAUGGUGGCGACCUCUGCGAGCAGGGCGACCUUCAUAAUCCACGCCAUAAACUUCAUCCGUGAGCACGGGUUUGAUGGUCUUGACAUUGACUGGGAGUGGCCUGCACAAAGAGACAGUCCGGCCAUCGACCGAGUCCGGUUUACGUAUCUUCUGCAGGAACUCCGCGCUGCCAUAGAAAAGGAUGCCUCGUCGACAAACCGCACUAAGCUUCUCCUGUCGGCGGCAGUGGCACAGAAUGUCAAAGUUAUAGACACUGGUUACGAGGCAUGCCAUAUCCAUAAAUACGUGGAUUUUCUAUCGGUGAUUGGUUUUGACUUCUACAGUUCAGAGGGCUCUGUACUGGGUAUUAACAGCCCACUGUAUCACACCUGUGCUGAGCAAUAUACAGAAUGGGGACUGGAGAGGAACAUGUACUUCAUCAUCAACUAUUGGCUGAAACAGGGGAUUCCGAGACAUAAACUUGUUGUAGGCAUGGGCAUGUUUGGCCAUACCUUUCGCCUGGCGAGCCCAACCCUAACCGAGCCUACAGACCCCAGUGGGGGACGUGGUAUCAGUGGAACGUACACGAACGAACCUGGAUUUAUUGCUUAUUACGAGGUUUGCAAGAAAAUCCUUGAUGAGAACUGGGUAACCAAAUGGAGUGAGGAGCAAGCAGCACCUUACGCCUACAGUGUCUCUUCCAUGGGCUGGGUCAGCUAUGAUAACGUCACUAGCAUUCAGUUGAAGGCAAAAUACAUCAUAGACCAAAAACUCGGCGGGGCAAUGAUCUGGUCAUUAGAUCUGGACGACUUCACAGGUCAAAACUGUGGGCAGGGGAAAUAUCCUUUGCUAUCAGCCAUAAACCAAGUAUUUAGGAGGCCCCAAAGGUUUCCAUCUUUUAAACUUCCUAAACGCUGCCCGGCUACUACAACUACAACUACAACAACAGCGGCACCUGUUGAACCUUUUGUUACCUCCUCUGAAACUGGACCAGUGAUUCCAAUUCCGUUACCAGCACCAGAAGACGUUGCUUUCUGCAAGGGAAAAUCAUUCGGAAGCUACCCUGACCCUGAAGACUGUAAGUUUUUCUACGCCUGCCUCGGGGCCGUUCAGCAGAGAAUAGGUUGUGAAGGAAACCAGUACUUCAACCCAGACCGAGGCACGUGCGACGACGCGGGUGACAACUGGGACGGCACCUGCCCUCCUUCCCGUCCGACCCAAACUACGACUAAACGUGUGAGGGUCACGGCUCCUCCAGUAAGAACGAGGGGCACAACCCGAAGACCAAAACCAACGAGAAUUCGGACAACUGCUCCACGCCUGCAGACUACAACGAACCCACCUACUGCCUAUCCAUUUACGUGUAGCGGAAAACGAGCUGGAAGCCAUCCAGAUCCGUUUGACUGUAGUGGAUACUACAGAUGUCUUGGUGGCGGAAGGCUACAGCAUAAUAAAUGCAGAGGGGUUCUUCAUUUCAAUCCAAAAACGAAAGCUUGUGACUGGCCGAGAAAUAUUAAACCACCAUGUACUCCGGCAGUUAUGGUGACGCACCCUCCCACCACGCCCGGGAGUACAGUUCGUACUAGGGCGCCAUCUACACCUUGGAGACGACCGACCACGAGGCGACGCAUUGUGACUACGCGUAGGCGAACUUUAACCCCCCCUCAGCCAACAACGACCCAGGAACCGCCAACAGCGUAUCCAUUUUCGUGUUCUGGAAAGCAAUUAGGCAGUCAUGCUGAUCCAUAUGACUGUGGCAAGUUCUACACUUGCCUUGGUGGCCUCAGAAUGCAGCGGCAACAGUGUCUUGGUGGCCUUCAUUUUAACCCUAAGACAGGAUUCUGUGACUGGGCGUUCAAUAUAAGACCACCGUGCGUGACAGCAAUAAUGGUCACGUACCCGCCAACUACGCCCGGCCCCACGCGAGCAACGACACCGAAACCGGUGCGAAUAAGACCUACUCCUAAGUCUCUGGGCGGUAGGCGCACAACAGCAAGGCCAGUGUAUGGAGUGCAGACUACAUUAACCACUCCAAUUAGACCUACAGCUUAUCCAUUUACAUGCGAUGGCAAAGCAACAGGGCGGUAUGCAGAUCCAUUUGACUGCAAGUCGUUCUACAUCUGCGUCUUCCAAACUAUGAAAAAAUAUCUAUGUCGCGGUAACCUGAUCUUCAACCCCGAGACCCGUGCAUGCGAUUGGCCACAAAACACCAACUGUGUCCCUGCGAUCAUGGUGACCUUGCCGCCAACGGAAGCCAAUAAGGUGACCAAAAAGUACGUUUCAUCAACCCCAAGGGAGAAAGUAACCUUUUAUAAACCAAUCCAGCAAAGAACUACGACUAAGGUUGAGCAGACUACGCCUGUCACGACGGUCCAACCUACAGCAUACCCCUUUACCUGCGUAGGGAAGACAACGGGUUAUUAUCCAGAUCCAUUCGAUUGCGAAUCUUUCUACUUCUGUAUCGGGUCAUCACAGAGACACAUGAAAUGUCGAACCCCCUUAAAGUUCAAUAAGGACAAUGGUGCCUGCGAUUGGGCUUUUAAAGUCAACUGCGUAGAGGCUAAACUGGUCCCGAGGCCCACUACGGACGCGCCCCCAAGUACCCGAGCAGCUAGCAGCGCGGCAGCAACGACGACACGGCCUUAUAGAGAAGGAAAAAUAACGGUUACUAAGCCGACCAUGCCAUACCCAAGUGUUACCGAAACAACAAUGACAAGACCAACAGCUUAUCCUUUCACCUGCCAAGGUAAACCCUCAGGACGCCACGCAGAUCCUUUCGACUGCGCUUCGUUCUAUCUCUGUCUGUUUGGCAGCGCUCGGCACUUGUCAUGUGGCAGGGGUUUGGUUUUCAGCCCAAAGAAUCAAUCUUGUGACUGGCCAGAUAGGGUGAAAUGCACGCCAGCUGUUUUGGUCACUCGUCCUCCAACGACGACACAUCGACCAGUGGAAAGUCAAGGUCCAGUUCGCCAAACCACGAACGGACCUCGGACCGGUGCGGUUAUCCCCACGAAGGACUUAACAAAAACAACAACACCAGAGCAAUCGACGGAAUCGACCAGGCCGAAAGUCACCGCAUACCCGUUUACAUGUGAAGGAAAGAGAAACGGACGCUUCGCCGAUCCCUUUGAUUGUUCUAUGUACUACCUCUGUAUUGGUGGCAAAGGACGUCACCUUCAGUGCAUGGGGAACCUUAAGUUUAACCGCGAGAUCGGUUCAUGCGAUUGGCAUUUUAAUGCCAAGUGCACCGAAGCCGAAAUGGUCACCCAUCCAUACUCUAGCUCAAGCCCCGUGGCAGGCGUGACAAUGUCUUCGCAGAAACCACAACGGAAGACCUCCACUAAACGGCAGCAACCAGCCUGGACAGAACGCCAGAAAACCACCACAAAACCAACGCUUGGUCCACGGCCUACAGCAUACCCCUUCACCUGUAAAGGCAAAAGUAUUGGUCACUAUGCAGAUCCCUUCAACUGCAGAUCGUAUUACCUGUGCCUAUCGGGUGGACAGCGCAGACACAUCACUUGCAUUAAACCGCUCAUUUUCAACCCUAACAACAAGGCGUGCGACUGGGAGUUCAACUACAGAUGUAUACCAGCUAUUGAGGUGUCGCCACCCACAACUGAGGAGCCUGAAACCACCAAGCCAGUGACAACAACGUCAGUGAAGAAAGAAAAAGAAACAACGCUGCGUUUGUCAACUACUGCCCAGACGGAGGCCACUUUUGCAUCACAACCAACAGCGGAAGCAUUCACUUGUGAAGGCAAAGACGAUUUGGCAAGAUAUCGCGAUCCGUUUGACUGUUCAGCGUACUAUUUCUGCGUUCGUGGAGUAGGAAGACGCAUUCGCUGUAUGAAACCUUUGCAUUAUAACGAAGCAAAGCUUGCAUGUGACUGGCCGCGCUACGUGAACUGUGUACCUGCAGUUUUGGCGAAACAAAUAUCAACAACAGACGGUAGAAGACCAAAGACGACUUUAGGAUCAACAACACAAGAACCAACGAUAACGUUGAAAUCAACUGUAGUGCGAACAACGUUACAAAGCACAGUGAAAGCACCGACGCCCACUAUAGUAACAACCAUGUCGAGGACAACAACGCCCGUACAGCCUGUAUUAUCAACGUCCGAGUCAACGACAUCAGCAGUCACGAAAAUAGGGUCAGUAACAUCAGCAUCGACGACAGCAGUCAUGACAGCGUCAAUAGCACCAGAACCAACAAAAGAGGCCACAGCAUCAGCAUCAGUAAAAUCACAACCAACAAUAAAAAAGACCUCAGCAACAACAUCAGAAUCAUCAACUUCAACGGUCACAACAAUAGAGUCAGCACCGACAACAACAGUCACAACAGCGUCAAUAACACCAGAACUAACAAAAGCGGCCUCAACAGCAGCAUCAGUAAAGUCACAACUGAAAACAACAUCGACCUCAACAACAACAUCAGAAUCAGCGACUUCAGCGGCCCCAACAACAGCGUCACCGGCAUUUGAAGGCACAUCAGAGGCCACAACAACAGUGUCAAAAACUACAGCAGCCAAAACAUCCCCAACAACGUCAGCACCAACAACAACAGCGUCCACAACAACAGUUUCAACAACAUCAGCGUCCACAACAACAGCAGCAGUAACAUCACAAUCAACAAGAGAAGCAACCUCAACAACGUCAGAAUUAAAAACGCCAGAACCCACAACCACAGUGUCAGAACCAACGACGCCAAUGGCCACGACAGCGUCAAUAACAACACAAACGACAACAGCGACCUCAACAACAAUAAAACCAACGUCGUCGCCGGCUACAACAUCGUCAACAACAUUAGAACCUACGACAGUAGCAGUCACAGCUACAUCAAACCCAACGACGGCAGCAGACUCAUCUUCAGCGUCCACGAAAACUAUCAAACAGUCUGUAACACCGCCGGUACCACAGGCAACAUUCCCAAGUACAUCUAAGGCAACAGAUCGACCUUUUCAAUGUGGAAACAACAUCGGCAUUUUCGCCGAUCCUGCCGACUGUUCCAUGUUUUACUUGUGCACUGGAAAAGCUAGGCGUCACGUCAGGUGUUUUGGUGGACUUUUGUUUGACCCCGAUACCAAGGCUUGUGACCGUCCAUCAAAAGUCGACUGCAAGAAUUAAAUUGUUCUUCGUGUUUGAAACAGUUGAUAUUCACUUACGGUCCCUAGAGUGACUUGGGCCCGUUUUGAAACAAUGCCACACCGAGGCAAGAUAUUUUUAGGCCAGGAGAAUUAAAAUUUUGCCGUACUCGGCUGGAAAUCACUAGUAAGCUAUCUACCCACCUUUUUCUUAUAAAACAUGAAAAGAGCCCCAACUGGCAUUUUUGUACAACUGGACCAUUUCAAAUUAAAAAAUACAUUUAGACCAAAAGUUUUGCAACUAUUAUAUAUUUCUGCCAGAAUACCAUUUAAGUUCUCAAUACAUGCACUAGAGGG